UACUAUGGUCUGUGUGGACAACAGCGAGUACAUGAGAAAUGGAGACUUUCUGCCCACAAGGCUACAGGCUCAGCAAGAUGCUGUCAACAUAGUUUGUCACUCCAAAACCCGCAGCAAUCCAGAGAACAAUGUGGGACUCAUCACUAUGGCAAACAAUUGUGAGGUCCUGACCACGCUGACACCAGACACCGGUCGCAUCCUGUCCAAACUCCACGCUGUCCAGCCCAAAGGAAAAAUCUGCUUCUGUACGGGCAUCAGAGUGGCUCAUCUGGCCUUAAAGCACAGACAAGGAAAAAACCACAAAAUGAGGAUCAUUGCAUUUGUUGGAAGUCCAGUGGAGGAUAUGGAAAAAGAUCUCGUGAAGUUGGCAAAGCGCUUGAAAAAAGAGAAAGUCAAUGUAGACAUCAUCAACUUUGGAGAAGAGGAGUUCAACACAGAAAAGCUGACUGCUUUUAUUAACACUCUAAAUGGGAAGGAGGGAACAGGGUCCCACCUGGUCACAGUCCCUCCUGGGCCCAGUCUGGCUGAUGCUCUGCUGUCCUCCCCAAUCCUGGCCGGUGAAGGAGGCUCAAUGAUGGGUCUCGGCGCCAGCGACUUUGAGUUUGGUGUGGACCCAAGUGCCGAUCCAGAGCUGGCCUUGGCGUUGCGUGUUUCGAUGGAGGAGCAGCGACAGAGGCAGGAGGAGGAGGCCCGUAGAGCUGCUGCUGCUUCUGCUGCUGAGGCAGGCGUGCCCACACCCAGCGCUGAUGAAUCGGAGGAGGCCUUGUUGAAAAUGUCAGUAUCUCAGCCUGAGAGCGGCGCAGCGGUGCUUCCUGAUUUCAGCAGCAUGACAGAGGAGGAGCAGAUCGCCUAUGCCAUGCAGAUGUCUCUUGCUGGAGGAGAGUAUGGUGAAACGAACACAGAAGGCCCCAUGGAGACUGCAGAGUCAACAAAGGAGGAGGACGACUACGAUGUGAUGCAAGACCCAGAUUUCCUUCAGAGC